CUACAUUUUCGAUUUGUAUGUUUUUUAAGAGUCCAGCAUUGAUGAUAAAAUCCAUGAAUUGAAAAGAAAGGAUAAGAGCAUCAAGCAGAUGGGGAAUAUCAUACAGGAGAAGUCAGCUACCAUUGCAUCAUUACAAAGUGAGAUACAAGCACUCCAGGGAUCUUUAGAUGCUAAGGAGCAGGUGGGUAGGGCUCAUGCGCGGGUUGGUGAACUUGAGAACCAGGUUGAGAAACUUAGAAAGGAAAUAGAAACACAAAACAAGAAAAGAGAUGCCUUGGAAACCCAAGUGAAAGUAUCUGAGCAAAAAGUCUUGGAAUUGAACUCAAAACUGGAAAGUGUAAGUAUGAUGCAUGUUCUGGUUUCUCUUCACUUAGUUUUGUAUCAAAACCAAGUCAAUGAUUUAAAACCCAUAUCGAUUCGGCCGGUCAGACCGGUCCGGCCAGUUGAACCUGGACCCGGGCGUAAUUCCGGUGCGGAAGAACCCUCAAAACCGGACUAG